AUGAAGGCAAACGUCUAUCAGACAGGGUCUCGGGUCUAUGGAACUGCUCAACCCAACGCCGAUUAUGAUUUUUUCGUAAUUAUUUCUGAUGAUGACUAUCAACAAUUGGACAAUCAUUACAGGAAUAAGAGAAAAAACAGCAACGUAUCAUUGGACAAAACGACAACCUUGAGGCAUAGUGCGUUCAACAAUCAGUGGUACUAUUCUGGAAUAACUUUUGAAGAGGGACAAUAUGAUGCAAGCAAAAACGAAGACUCCUUUUUCGGAGAUGGAUUUAUUGAGGGCUAUCAAUGUCUUUUUCUGUCUUACCCAAUCGCUAAUGAAAUUGCAGAGCUGAAUGUAAAUCUUUACAAGUAUUCAACAUUUAAAACCAAGCUAGAUGAAAAUUGGUUGCAAGCACUCAUGUGUAUUUAUUUACCUCUACAACACGUGUGGAAAUUAGACUUUCCGAACCUUCAUACAGAAACUAAAAUUUAUUUUCGAAAAUUGAUUGUGUCUGUGGUAGGUGAGGCAGGAAAACAUUUUCAAAUGGCAAGAAGGAAAUGGAAUUCUUUUAACAAUAGUGCACAGGAUUCUCGUAACGAUUCCAAUAUUUCUAAUUAUCAAGAACGAAAAUACAUUGCUCAUACUUUUAGGGACCUAUUAUUUGGAAAACAAAUUGCAACCUAUUUGAAAAUUAUUGAUUAUACAGAAGCAAAUGCAAUCUAUUACGAAAUAAUGUCGAGCUUUCCAAAUGAUACAUCUUGGUCGACAUUUGAAAAGAAAUAUUACCCAAGAUAUCAAUUAUUGAAAGAUCAGUUUAACGCAAUUACAAAAAAAGAUGACAUAGUCAGCGAUGAAGAGUUUAAAUUGAACGGAUCUUUUACGCUAGCUUUGUUGAGAAAAUUGAAUGGAGAUAUUCCUACCUUUUUAGACCAGUUAAGACUUUACUUUUCAAUCGAGUCACAUACAUGGAUGGAGAAUGGGGUAUACUAUGUCUAUGUCAAAGGUGUGGAUGAGUCACCAAGUUAUUCAAAAAUUGUUCAAGAGGUAUUUCAUGGUAUGGUACUUUGCAAACAACAAUCUGAGAAUGUUUCGAAUGAGAUAGCUUGUCAAAUUUUAUGCAAACCACCCAACAAGAUUAUACCUUACAGCAAUGCUUUCUCGUACAAAGUUUCGAAUUGGAAAAGCUCUAUCGUUUUUGAAAGGUAUACAAACAGUGUGAUGGUACAUUUAUUCUUUGAUAUAUUCUCAAAGAAAUGGAUGAUAUGCUCUGAAAACAGUUUUAAUGGCCAAGAAGAAUUCAAUGGGUGUAAUGAAUCAAUACGGGACAUAUUUUGGAAUUUUUUAAACAGGAAUAACUCAAGAGCCUCAUCUCACGAAAAACUUUCACACUUUCCAAUAUCAAGCUUCCAACAAAAUUCUCCAACUAGCUUGACUUUUGACAUUUCUCCAAAUCUUUUCACUAAUGGUUUGUGUAGCGACAUCAACGAAAAGCCAAUGCCAAUAGUUACACUUUUGUCAAGUUACAACGAUAUAGCAAACCUGGCAAGUUAUUUUACACCAGCCCAAACAGCCACGAGAAAGAGCUUUGUGUUUUCAAAAAUAGUAGAAGACCAUGAUUUUAUAGAAUUCAGUUUUGACAACAUUUCAGAGGUGAAAGCAUAUGCAAAUACCUGCGACCCGUUUUAUGUGAAAGAGUGCAUAGUAUGGGAUGGAAAUGGGUUUGAGUCAGUACCAUGUCCUCAAUAUGAGUCUUUGGAAUACCUUAUUGAAAAUAUUCAGUUAAUCAAUGAAAAAUCGCAACGCAUUGAUUCCAAUGAAAUUUCACAAACAUCCGAACUCUUGCUAAUUCACAUGAUUGAGAUUUCAAGAGUUUGCAUUCUCAGUGAAUCCACCACUGAAAAAGUGCGAAAGCUAAUUCAAGGAUCAAAAUUUGAAACGCUCUUUGAAAAUGUUCUGCACAAGCUUUCGAGGUUUUGUGAAUGUUUGACCGAAAUUUAUUGGAAUGUUGAAAAAGCUAGCAAUGGAGAUUUAAAGAAAUUUAACGAAAAAUUGGCAGAAGUCAAUUUUCAGGAUUAUUUCACAGACAUUUCUGGUAUCAACUUUGUCAAAAACUUGCUGCUUUCUCAGAUUAAGAAAGUUAAGACAAACAUGCCUAAAAGCUCACAAGCCAUCCAUUUAAGCCUUGCUGAAAGAUUGAAUCUAAGUCCUGCAAAACAGAUGUUUAAAUGCGUGUGCAGCUUCCGAAAUCGAUAA